AUGGCCGGAGUAGCGAGGGCACUCAACCUGGUGUACCGCAUGGCGGUGCCCGCGACGGCCGGAGCCUUCCUGGCUAGCCAGUCCAUCUUCGACGUCAAGGGCGGGACGCGCGCCGUCAUCUUCGACCGCCUCUCCGGAGUCAAGGACACGGUCGUCAACGAGGGGACUCACUUCCUCAUCCCCUGGCUGCAGAGGAGCAUCAUCUUUGACGUUCGCACCAAGCCGAGAAGCAUCUCUACGACUACGGGCAGCAAGGAUCUCCAGAUGGUCAGCCUGACCUUGAGGGUUCUUCACCGUCCUAAUGUCAAGGAGCUUCCCAAGAUUUACCAGAACCUCGGACCCGACUACGACGAGCGUGUCCUCCCCUCUAUCGGAAACGAAGUCCUCAAGGCCAUCGUGGCCCAGUUCGACGCCGCCGAGCUCAUCACCCAGCGCGAGGCCGUCUCUCAGCGCAUCCGGAACGAUCUGACCCUUCGCGCUGCCGAGUUCAACAUCGCCCUCGAGGACGUGUCCAUCACCCACAUGACCUUUGGCCGCGAGUUCACCAAGGCCGUCGAGCAGAAGCAGAUUGCCCAGCAGGACGCCGAGCGUGCCCGCUUCAUCGUCGAGAAGGCCGAGCAGGAGCGCCAGGCAAACGUCAUCCGCGCCGAGGGCGAGGCCGAGAGCGCAGACACCAUCUCCAAGGCCGUCGCCAAGUCGGGCGACGGCCUCAUCCAGAUCCGAAAGAUCGAGGCCAGCCGCGAGAUCGCCCAGACUCUGGCCUCGAAUCCCAACGUCGCCUACCUCCCCUCCGGAGGCAACGGAAAGGGCGGGCAGUACCUCCUAUCUGUCGGUCGUGCCUAA